CAAGGAAUCUGAGUGAACAAGACAUGGGCUUCAAUGACGUUUGUUGAAUUAAAAACCAGUAAUGAAAUGAAAUAAGAAAAGGAAUGUGACUUCUGAUUCCUUCUGAACAAAGACUAUAGAAUAACACUUAAAGGGACUUUGCUUCUGAAGUAACCAUGUGAACCUGCUGAACGAAUAAGAACGACUCUUUUUAGAUUCAAAACAUUUGAGUCACUGGGUGAAUCCCGCCCACUACUACUGCCAACACAACACAGAACAUGUUGAGAAGAGCUAAGGGAAAUCAGUUUGUUAUAUGUUCAGUGUAGAAAUCAUUAAUUUCUCACGCCUUUUUUGUAUUAUUACUUCGUGAGCUUCUUGAAUGCUUCUUGUAAAUAAUCCUACUAAGCGCUCUUGAAAGUUACAAUGGAGGAGAACCGAGCUCUCAAUGAAUCAGAAAAGGCUCUUGCCACAGGGAACGGACAGCGUCCCUUCAACAUGAAUCAUUACGCUACUAAAAAGAGUGCAGCGCAGAGCAUGUUGGAUGUGGCUCUUCUGAUGGCCAACUCCUCUCAGCUGAAGACAGUGCUGCAUUCAGGACCUCAGCAUCGCUUCUACGCCCCUCUUAUUGCUCUGAUCUCACUGUCCAUCUCACUGCAGGUCAUUGUUGGCCUCCUACUCAUCUUCAUUGUGAAGUAUGACCUGAACGAUGUUAAGAAACAGCCGAGGCUGAACACAAUGAAUGAUGCAGCAACUAUUUUUGUGUUCUUUACUGUUCUUAUUAACGUCUUCAUCACAGCAUUGGGAUUUGAAACUGGAGGGUGAGCAGAGUAACAGCAGAGUCUCACGGCAGUGUAAUAUUUGAGACUGCACUCGCUCAGACCAGAUCUUUAAACAUCACUGUUGAUGUAUAAGCAUACAAGGACUGCUUACAUGUGACUGCAUUUAAAGCCUUUCAUUUCAUCAUUAUGUAUUUUAUAAGAUAUAUCACAGGACACUGUACUCCAUUUAAUAUCUAAGCAAAAUAUGUGAUGUUUUGUAUGUUUAGGCAGCACAUUUUAACAAACUAAGUUAUUUCUGUGGUUUAUGUGGAUACCUUUUUAAAUAAGGAACAAAACAGAGAUUAUAGUCAAAUGUUUGUGAAAAUUUGCUCUUUUUACUUUUCAUGUUAUUUAUCUUUCCAUCUUUAAAGCAUAAAACAUUUGAAUUUUGAUUUUUUUCCCACAAUUUUUUUUCUUGUGGAAGGAUUGAUACUAAAUCAGUUUGCAUAUGAUCUAAAAUGAAGAAUUAAAAACUGUUCAGAAAUGAAUGAAUGUUUAAAAUGAAUUAGUUGCAUUUUAAAAUAGCAUGUUUCAAAAACAAGCACAAUUGUGACCUCAUGCUGAAAUAAAGAUUACACAUUUAAUUAUCACAUAA